UGUGUGUUGUGGGCCACUCUGUUACACAAUCGCUUUCAGUUUGCAGCCCUGCCUGCCUCUCUGGCUCUCUCUGGCUCUCCGGCUGCCUGGUGGCUCCCUCUCCCCGCUCCCCGCUCCCCGCUCCCCGCCCACCGCCGCUCUCCGCCGCCGCUGCCUGCUGGGCGGACCGGGGCCAGAUACGGGGCCAGAUCCGGGGGCAGAUCCCGAGCCUGAUCCCGAGCCUGAUCCCGAGCCGGACCCGAGCCUGAUCAUAGCCGGAUCCGAUCCCCACCAGUUCCGUGUUUCUCUGUUUCUCCCCGGAGCGAUCGGGAGCGCCAGCGCGAUCGGCGUCACGGCGGACCUUCCCCCGGCCGGAGCGGCCGCGGAGGGGGGGUGAGAGAGAGUGGCGGAGGUGACUUCAGAGCGAGUUAACGCCGUGUCAUGGUGCCCCGCUGGAGGACAAAAGACAUCAGCAGCAGCGGGACCACGGAGGACGAGCAGACUGGGAUGAGGACCUCACUGUAGCUCACCUUUGACCCUUCAUGGAUUAAAGAUGGCACUUUGGCUGAGACGGGAGCGAAGGCGACGCAACAUUCUACUCUCUGAGAAUCCUGGGAAUGUGUUUGCCUGACAGUGGAUUGCAUAAGCUCGCGUUUUUUUUUAGCUCCAAAGCACCGAUGUGUUUCGGUGACGGAGGAAUAACCUCUGAGUGGGAAACUUUCCUGAAUAAGAACUGGUAGUAAAAUUCAAGACAAGGAUGGAGCAGGAUUUCACACAGUAGGAUCUGGUGUGGCUCGUGUCCUCUGUCCUGGACUCGCCGGACAGCGUUGGGGAUCUUUAUCUCCAGCUCAGCUGAACUACUCUCUAGCGGGAACGUUAUCCCGCUACCCUGAGUUCUUCCAUUCGCUCCUAGCGUGAAUGGACGUCUGACUCCUUGAAACACUCGACCUUUCCCCUUCCUCAUCGGUGUUUCAGAACAGACAGAUAAAAGACAGAGAAUAAAAACUCCAAACAUGGCUGCCGCGGGACGGAGGCACCUGGUGAGAGACUUCAACCACUUCAUCACCUGUUACUUGUGUCGAGGAUAUCUGAUCAAACCCACCACAGUCACCGAGUGCCUGCACACCUUCUGUAAGAGCUGUAUUGUGCAGCACUUCGAGGAGAGUAACGACUGUCCAAAAUGUGGCAUUCAGGUCCACGAGACCAACCCCCUGGAGAUGCUCAGGUUGGACAACACCCUGGAGGAGAUCAUCUUCAAGCUUGUGCCUGGACUUAGAGAAAAAGAAGAACAACAAGAAGUGGAGUUCUGGAGGAAGAACCAGCCCAAAGAAAAUGGCCGAGAAACCCUGAAGUGUCAGCGCUUCGGGCUCCCUGACGGCGGAGGUGACGGGGGUGCCGGUGGCGGCGACGACGGCGACGGCGGGGACGAUGACGACUACCACCGGAGCGACCCUCAGAUAGCCAUCUGUCUGGACUGCCUACGCAACACGGGCCAGUCGGGGGAGACCACCGUCUCGGAUCUGAUGAAGAGGUUCAUCCGCUGCUCCAGUAGAGUCACCGUGGGAACAAUUAAGAAGUUUCUUAGUCUUAAACUAAAGCUGCCGAGCUCCUAUGAGCUGGAUGUGCUUUGCAACGGAGAGAUCAUGGGCAGAGAUCACACUCUGGAGUUCAUCUACAUGACCCGGUGGAGGCUACGUGGAGAGAAUACAUAUCCCAUGGUUCUGGAGUAUCGACCACGGAUUGACUUCGGCUGAACCGCGGCUGCACGAGGAGGCCCACAGACAUAUAUAUGCACAUGUAAACUCAUAUGCAUUCAUACAAGGUAUAGAGGAAACUAUGUACACCCACAUGUCCAUCUGCACACUCGCAAACACAACAACACACACGCACAACAUGUGAAGAGAGAGAGAAAGAUUUAGAUGUAUUUUUGUACAGCCAAUGAUGAAGUGCAUUUGUUGUUAUGUCAAAAAAAUCUUUUAUGCUACAUAGAAUAAUAUAUGCUAUAAUAUAUGAUAUUUUUAAAUGUAUGUUCCUGUGCCUAAAAACUUGUUGAUCAGAAAUGAAGUACGACCAUAUCUCCAGUUUGCCUGUCUAACUCUAACUGUAGAUUAAAUGUUGAUUUUCUACUGUG